AUGUCGCAGAACAACGCAGUGCAAUACCCCGAGCCAACCGGGGACGCGGAGGAACCAGUCGUCGAAGAAGCACAGGCAGAAGAACCUCGAGCAGAAGCUGGGCAAAACCCGCCGGAGCCAAACCCGCAACUGGGCCAAGGAGGGCAGCUGAAGACUCUGCGGAAAAAUAUUGGGAUCCUGGAAAAGUCGGUAGCAGAACUAACAAGACUGACGCUCAAAGGGGUGAUCAAGCGAAUCAUGGAUUACGUAACCCGCCCAGUCUCCGAGUUCAAUAAGUACGAGGCAGUCGAUUUAUUAUUAGAGAGCCUGCAAAACACCGCGAGGGGCAACCAAGACGGAAAGAAAGAGUACUAUCGUCUGGUGUACCAAACGGCAAGAAGCAAGAUAGACUUGCCGAAAGACCAUUUCAGAUCUCUGGUGAUGCGACUGUUGGGCAGUAAGGACCACACCACGGUCUUUGAGGCCGUCGCGAAGGUCGAAAAGGCGGCCAGGGGUAGAGGAGCUUCAUGGGGGUCCUCUACAUGGCCUCGUUCGACACCUUGGAAUCGAGGCCGGGCCUGGAGAGGCGCUUCACCACAGUGUUACGCCUGCCGAAAGUACGGCCACAUCGCAGCCCGGUGCUUCAGAAGAAACCCAGGAACGCGACAGCAAUAUACAAGGGGUCGCGGAGGAUCGCAGACGGGAAGCUCUAAUAGUGGCAACUAGGGCAAAUAAUCAUACACACGACCGUGUAAUGUCUUUGUUUCCUGAUAGUAUACA